GAAGUAGGUGCUGGUGUUGCUGCAACGGGCCAGUUGACUUCUGACAGACUGCACAUUGAACUGUCAAGCUAGAAAAAAAAGGGGAAUUUUUGAAGAGAUUUAUGAACAAAGCUUCAAAAUUCACCAUUUUUUUUCUUUUCAAAUCAGUAGAGCAGCACUUCUGCAGAAAGAGAACCAAAAAGUUUCAGAGGUGAACAGGAAAGACUGUGCGUGAGGCAGUGAUCUGCAGAUGCGGACCCACAACAACCAUCAGAUGACGUGGAUUUCCGUUUUGAUACACUUUACUUCUGGUUGCACAGCAGGGCAGAGCCUCACAAUUACUGAAGAGCUGCUGCAGGAGAACAUGAUGGUGCUUUGAGGACUAAUCCACCAUGCAAGCCACCAUGAAUGCCAAUGGACUUCAACGCCGGAGCAGCCAAGACAGUUGUAUUGUGGAUAAUACACUGAGGAAAAAAAAUCCUCUGUGGUACCGGCGCUCACUCAGAGGAAACAGUGAUCGACACAGGCACAACCAUGGUUCUCAGCCCAGAGUGUGCAAGCCAAAACAGACAAAUUCUUUGGUUGAUUACAUGGAUCCAGAAAGGACCGCAGUUGUAUUGGAAAAACAAGAUAACGAAACGUUCGGAUUUGACAUACAGACCUACGGCUUGCAGCCCAAAAACAGCUCCACUGUGGAGAUGUGCACGUUUGUGUGCAAAGUGAAGGAGGACAGUGUGGCGGAAAAUGCUGGCCUGACCGCAGGUGAUAUUAUCAUCACCAUCAAUGGGGUUAGCAUUGAAGGAUUGUCUCAUCAGCAGAUACUUGAACUAGUCCGAAAGUCAACCAACAGUUUAAAGGUGGAGACGGUGUGUGGGAACAUAGUGAAGCACUUGGAGCUGGAGAAGAAGCUGAAGGUGCUGCAGCAGUCACUGCGUGAGAAGUGGAUGGAGCUUCAGGCGCUCACAUUACAGGAAAAACGACUUAUGCGAGGUAACCCAAAGGAGAGCAUUGCUAACUCAACGAUGGACUCCUCCUCUGUUCCGAGCCCACAUCUGUGCCGCCGUGGCCAGCGUUUUUCCAGUGACAGCAGCUUUAGGAGUGUGAUGACAGAUGAUAGUGACCAGGCCAGUGUGUUUGGAGACCUGAGCUCACCCAGUCCCUGCAGCGCAGUCAGCACCACAGACGAAUCUUACUUCUUCUCUAAAGACUUCUCCUCGCAAAGCAGCUUAAGCAGGGCUUCAUCCAGCUCCAACCAUCACCACCAACUCAUUAGCCGCUCCAGCAGCUCCAGUUUAGCCGGCAGCAGCUGCUCUCUGUCCCCCACCUGGGAGGAAACAAGGAUCUCCUCCUUGUUUGGGACUCUGCCCCGGAAAGGCCGGUCCAGACAAAGUGUGCGUAAACACAUCUUCAAGUUAAUUCCUGGACUGCAGAGGUCAGUUGAAGAGGAAGAGAUGGGAACAGCCACUCAGUGAUGCUUUGGGACUUACUGUGCCAACAUUGUACAAUAGCCCCUUUGCUGUAAAGGGGCUUCAAAAACUCUACAAAAGUCAAAGGAAGCCUUGUAUAUCAAAGCCCUGAUGAAAGACACUUAAAAGCCUCUGAGUAAAGGGAUUUGUUAAAAACCUUUGUAAAUGUGAGUUUCCCCAAAGCUUACUGCGUCUGUGAACCUGCUUUAAAACAAAAGCAUUAGGGAAAAGAACUGUGAGUUGAAUGGCUGUGUAUAUCCAUAACUACUGAAAUCUAUCCUACUAACUUGAACUAACUUUUUCCCACUUUGUGAUUAAAGGUGAUGAGCAUUAAUUAGAACAGUCGGAGGCUUUCUCCACUGUUCGAUAACAUUACUAUGAUUCAGUUAGCGUUUGAACAGCACUUCUGUCAAACUCAGGUGUUCAAAACCAAAUCUCCAAACCAGAUAGGAGGCCGCUUAGCUCAAAAACAGGAUGUGGGCAUGAGAGAUCGAUUUAACUCUUUUACUUCCAAAAUUACUUUCGUACUAUGCGCUCUACUUUCGGUGUUCAGAAACAUUUUUUUUUUGUUUCUUGUGCAUGCUCUGAAAAUUCUGUAUUAAAAUGUUUUUUUUUUUAAUGUUCUACUUUCCUACAUGCCAAAUAAA